UAUUGUUUGAAAAAGAUAAAUGAAAUCAAUUUCAAAGUUACAAGAAGUCUUUUAAUGAAGAUUAUAAGGAAAAGAAGUAAGUUGAAGAAAUUUAAAUUUUUAACUCUUUUAGUUGUAUUUAGGCGCCCUUGAAAUAAAUGAAUGAUUUCUUAAUGAGUGAAUGUUAAAGAUAAAGUAAAAUAAAAUGAAUAAAGUUUGCUUAUUUAACUUAUAUGGAUAGAAUUAUGUGUCUUGGAUUGUAAUAUGAAGGGGGAGAGAGUUAAUUUACAAAUCUUUUUUAUUUAUUUUAAUUUGAUGUAAUUUGCUUGGACUGAUGCUGAAGUGGAAAACAAUAGUAAAUGGAAUUACGAUGAUGAUAGACGAUUAGAAGAGGCUUUUAAGUUAUAUGGACCAUAAUGGAAGAAAAUAGCAGAAUAUUUGUGUGGGAAAACAGAUUAAGAAUGUGUUCAAAGAUGGACUUAAUUAAAGGUAAUAAAUAUAAUAUAUAAAGUAAGAGUGGUAAGAAGACUCCUUGGACUAAGGAAGAAGAUGAUAUGUUGAAAGAGUUAGUAUAAAAAUAUGGAGAAAAUUGGAAUGAAAUUGCUUAAAUUAUGAAAAACAGAACAGGAAAUUAAAUUCGAAAUAGAUUUAUUAAUCAAAUAAUUGCACCACCUGCAAGACCAUGGACUUAAGAAGAAGAUGAUUAAUUAGUGUUCUUAUAUAGAAAAUAUGGAGCUAAGUGGACUUAAAUUGCAAAACUAAUGAAAGAUAGAUCUGUAAUCAUUAAUUUUAAAAUUUAGGAAAUAAUGGUUAAGAAUAGAUUCUACACUAAACAUAAAGAGCAAAGUUAUAAAUUAGGCUUAGUAAUAUUUAUAUUAAUUUCAUAGAAACUUUAGGUUUCAGAUUAAGAAUUCGAAAAAUAAGAAGAAUAAGAAAUUAAAACUAUCAAAACUGAGUCAUCAUGUAAAUAAGAAAUAGAUUAAUUGGAACCUCAAAUUAAUAAAAAAAUUGAUAACAAAUAAUAAGAUUAACAAAGAGAUUAAAACAUUCGAUAUUUAUGUCCAAGAAACUUUUUAUUUUAAUUUGAAUAAAUGUUUGAUAUAAAUCCAGGAGAGGCAAAGAAAAUUGUUUGGAUUCCUGUACCAGUGAUUAGAUUGAUUCCAAAAAAUACUAAAUCUGAAGUUUAGAAUGUAAAGAAUCAAUCAGAAAACUUAAAACAAGAAGAAUAAUGA